AAAAUAACUUUAACUGGUACACGAAAAAAGAAAUUAUGUGAAAAAAAAUACAAUAAUCCUAAUUUAAAAGAUGUCGAAUUAGCUAAGAAGUAUGGAAUAACUAAAUGUCAAAGAAAACCUAAUUAUCCUGAUCUCAAAAAAGCGAUGUCUAUUUGGGUUAAACAGACAAUCAAAAAUGCACAAUAUCGACAUAUUUUGUGUCAAAAUCAUUUUGAAGCUUAUAAUACAAUUACCAAAGACAAUCCAGUUUCACCCAAUAUUACACUAUAUAAUGCAAUUAACUUUGCAGCUCAAGCAUGGAAAAAUAUUAUUGCAGAUACAAUUAUUCAUAGUUGGGGUAAAGCCAGUAUACUUCCUUCUAUUAUCUCUAUGCUUGAAGAAAUCAGAUUAGAUGUGCCUUUGCCUGAAGAAACUGAAUUAAAUAUGUUCAUGCCUAGGGAAACUGAAUUGGAGAAAGAAAUUAUAGAUCUUAUUUAA